CUCAAUCUUUUCUCACCUCUUAGUUAAGUGCUCGCAGCUUUUGAAGGCUUGCCUUUUACCAUCGGAUGUGCUACUAUUGAGUCGGUUGCCUUUAAAUCCGAGGAAUAUGCCGAAACAAUGGCUAAGAACUUGGGCGCUACAAUGUUUUAUUCUAUGCGCAAUGCUAAAUGGAACAUUGCUUGCGGAUGAACCGGAAAAAUUCAUCAGGAGUGGCCCCAAGUUGUCGUGGAUUUCAGAUGUAAUAUCGGAAAAGCUCUCAAACUUCAGACCUCAGUCACAGUCGAACCAAUUAUGCAACCAACAAAUCGAUUCUUACGAAAAAAGUCUGCAAAACCUAACCCUUUGGGCUCUUCAAAUGAAAGACGCGUCAGCCGUGUCCACACCAGGGAUGCUAGUCGGACAACGCUUCCACUUGGGUCAUUAUGACGAAUGUGUCGCCAUCAAACACGCCAAACUGGCGGGCCGCUACUGCUUGGCGCACCUAAAAGUCUCUCCCUCUCCAGCGACGUACCCUAAGUUUUACACCGAACCACUGAAAACAGUAGAGCCACCUCCAGAUUCCAAUGCUUGGGACACGCUAAAGCCGAACAGCAACUGGUUUCGAAUGGACCGGACCGAUCUGUUCAUGGCGCUCUGCGUACCGGGGGCGUGUUCACGUCAUGACGUUGAAGAGACGCUAAACGUGACGUUUGCCAAUGUGACGCAGGAGCACGGCAUCAACGUCAAAAUCCAAAUGCACGACGAUCUUUGCACCUCCAGUUUGGACGAUGAACCUAUGUCCUAUGCCUCCAAAACUCUCUUAUGCAUUCUCGUGAUUUUGAGCGUCCUUUGUCUUCUGGCCACACUCUAUCAACUGUCUACAUCCAAUGCGAUCCAAGAGACCCCUAAAAAAGAUACUCUUCCGCGCAGAAUAAUUAUGAGCUUUUCAAUAGCCAGAAACCUUGGUAAAGUAGUCCCCGAAACGAACGAUGAUCACAUGGUUAUCUUGGAUUUAUUGAAAGCUUCCGCGGCUUUUGGGGUUAUGUUCGGACACAGAUUCGCCUGUAUGCUUUUCUACAUGGUUUUCAAUGUGUCUUUCUUCGAAUCGCAAGUGAAAAAAGACCUACCUCUCUUCAUGCCAACACUGGUCGUCGAGUCUUUCUUCAUCGUCGCUGGAUUUCUCACUUUCCAAAGCUGCUACGAACCAGUUAGAAAGCAGGGCUUAAAGGUGAUUCCUCUCAUGAUAUUCAAUCGUUGGCUCAGACUCAUGCCUUCAUUCAUGAUGCUUGUCGCAAUCACUGCCUUGCUUCUCCCAUACAUGAGUGAUGGUCCUGCAUGGAAGUUCUUCAGCCUCCCAAUUGCCGAGAGCUGCCAAAAUACUUGGUGGCACUACCUACUUACCAUCAACAAUUUGUACUCAGUCGAUGACCCAGCAAACUAUAAUGUGCGGGAAGGUUGGCUAUGCGCUCCUCAUACAUGGUACAUAGCCUGCGAGUUGCAGAUGUUUCCUGUAGGUCUCCUGAUCGUUUACAUGUUCGCAAAGAACCACUCGACGGGUCUGAAAUUCGCUCUAGCAGUCCUAGCGAGUGCAUUUGCGAUUCCGUUUUUCAUAAUCUACUCCCGAAAACUGGACUCAGUUUUUAAAUUGGACCCAAGACGCUUUCCUUUAUGGAUCAACAUAGAUUACUACAUGCAAGUUUACCUUAGAAGCUACACGAGGAUCGGGCCAUAUAUUUUGAGUAUUCUCUCCGCUUAUUUAUUGUUGAAAAUUCGUGCUAACAAGUGGACCAUGUCAGUUGCUUGGAGAUGGGCAAUAAUGCUCAUGGCAAUAGCCAUAGGGGUAGGUUCGCAAUUUUAUGGAUUCGCAUUCUAUGAUCCGUCUCUGGAGUACAACGCACUUCAAAACGCUUUAUUUGGAGCCUUGCAUCGCUCGCUUUGGAGUCUCAUGAUCUGUGCUCUAAUUGUGAUUCAAGUCGCUUGGGGUCUUGGUGAAACUUUGGACAAGCUGUUGACUCUCAAAGUAUACGUCCCUCUUAGCCGACUGACGUACGUAGCGUAUUUAUUUCAUCCCAUUUGGCAGAUAGCGACGACGUUCAGCUCAAGAACGCCGCUCUUUUUGUCGGAGGGUCGCAUCGUAUGGAUGCUUGCUGGUGACAUAGUGGUCGUAUUUGCUGGCUCUCUUUUGUUAUAUUUAAUCUUCGAGGCUCCAGCGAACAAUUUGAGGGGAAUUUUCAUGACUAAAAUCAUUCAUGAGAGUGGUCAUAAAACAAAGUCAUAUACGAACGGCUCAAUCUUUUCCCAUCUCUCAGUCAAGUGUUUACUACGCUCGGGGCUUUUGAGGGCUUGUCUCUCACUACCGGAUGCGCUUAGAUUGAGUCGAUUACGUUCAAAUCCGAGGGAUAUGAUGAAACAAUGGAUAAGAACUUGUGUGCAAUGUUUUAUUCUUUGUGCAAUAUUAAACGGAAAAUGUCUUGCCGAGGAUAUUACCAUCAAGAGUGGCCCCAAAUCGACGUGGAUUUCAGAUGUUAUAUCGGAAAAGCUUUCAAACUUCAGGCCUCAGUCGCAGGCGAACCAGUUAUGCAACCAACAAAUCGAUUCUUACGAAAAAAGUCUGCAAAACUUAACCCUAUGGGCUCUUCAAAUGAGAGAGGCUUCGGCCAUGUCCACACCAGGGGUGCUAGUCGGACAACGCUUCCACUUGGGUCAUUAUGACGAAUGUGUCGCUAUCAAGCACGCUAAACUGGCGGGUCGCUACUGCUUGGCGUACCUAAAAGUCUCUCCCUCUCCGGCGAAGUACCCUGCGUUUUACACCGAACCACUGAGAACAGUAGAGCCACCUCCAGACGCCAAUGCUUGGGACACGUUGAAGCCGAACAGCAACUGGUUUCGGAUGAACCGGACCGACCUGUUUAUGGCGCUCUGCGUACCGGGGGCGUGUUCACGUCAAGACGUUGAAGAGACGCUAAACGCGACGUUCGCCAACGUGACGGAGGAGCACGGCAUCAACGUCAAAAUCCAAAUGCACGACGACCUUUGCACCUCCAGUUUGGACGACGAGCCGAUGUCCUUUGCCGCCAAAAGUCUAUUAUGCAUUCUCUUGAUUUUGAGCGCAUUUAGUCUUCUGGGUACACUCUAUCAAUUGUCUCGAUGGAAUACGAUCUUAGAGUCCCACAAAAAAGGUGCUUUCUUGGACAGGAUAAUAAUGAGCUUCUCCAUGGCUACAAACCUCGGGAAAAUAGUCCCCAAAACAAACGACGAACACAUGGUUAUCUUGGAUAUGUUUAAAGUUACCGCGGCGUUCGGGGUUAUUCUUGGGCACCGACUUGCCAGUAUUCCUUUCUACAUGGUUUUCAAUGUCUCUUUCUUCGAAUCGCAAGUGAAAAAAGACCUACCCCUCUUCAUGCCAACACUGAUAGUUGACUCUUUCUUCAUCGUCUCAGGAUUUCUCACUUUUCAAAGCUACUAUGAGCCAGUGAGAAAACAGGGCUUAAAAAUGAUUCCUCUCUGGAUAUUCAAUCGGUGGCUCAGACUCAUGCCCUCAUUUAUGAUGCUCGUCGCGGUCACUGGUUUGCUUUUCCCAUACAUGAGUGAUGGUCCUGCAUGGAAGUUUUUCAGCCACCCAAUUGCCGAGAGCUGCCAAAAUACUUGGUGGCACUACCUACUUACCAUCAACAGUUUGUACUCUAUCGAUGAUCCGGCAAAUUAUAAUGUGCGGAAUGGUUGGCUAUGCGCUCCUCAUACAUGGUACAUAGCCUGCGAGUUGCAGAUGUUUCCUGUAGGUCUCCUGAUCGUUUACCUGUUCACGAAGAACCAGGGUCUUAAAUUCGCUCUGGCAGUCCUUGUGAGUGCACUUGCGAUUCCGUUUUUCAUAAUCUACUUCCAACAAGUGGACGCAGUUUUUAAACUGGACCCAAGACGAUAUCCUCUAUGGUUUAACGUCGACUACUACUUUCAAGUUUACAUUAGAAGCUACAUGAGGGCUGGACCAUAUUUUAUAAGUAUUCUGUCCGCUUUUCUAUUAUUUAAAAUUCGUGCGAACAACUAUAUCCUGUCAGUUGCAUGGAAAUGGUCGAUUGUGCUUAUGGCAACAGCUGUAGGAGUAGGCUCGCAAUUUUAUGGAUUCGCACUCUACGACGAGACUCUGGAGUACAGCGCAUUCCAGAACGCUUUAUUUGGAGCCUUGCAUCGCUCACUAUGGAGUAUCAUGAUCUGUGCUCUAAUUGUGAUUCAAGUCACAUGGGGUCUUGGCGAAACUUUGGACAAGCUGUUAACUCUCAAAGUCUACGUCCCUCUUAGCCGACUGACGUACGUAACGUAUUUAUUUCAUCCUAUUUGGCAGAUAGCAACGACGCUCAGCUCACGAACGCCGCUCUAUUUGUCGGAGGGUCGCAUCGUAUGGAUGCUCGCUGGUGACAUAAUAGUCGUAUUUGCUGGCUCUCUUUUGUUAUAUUUAAUCUUCGAGGCUCCAGCGAACAAUUUGAGGGAAAUUCUCAUGACUAAAAUCACUCAACUUUUUAUCAGAAAAAAUGAACGGCAUCCAUCUAGGAAGCUGGAGCUGGACCCAUUAAAUGAUGGUAAAUUACGAGAAAACAACAAUGCGUAGGUGGAAUCAAGUGACAAUUUUUGCAGUUGGCAACAAUGUUUUUCUGACUUCAUCGGCACAAAAGGCAACGCUCGAAUUAAGUUACAAUGUAAGAGAAACGCAAAGCGCCCUCAAAAUACUGUUGAAUCCGACGAACUCUGUACAGAUUGCAUUUUAAGUCCCGGAUGCAACUAUUCGAGCUCCAUUGAUGUCCGUGUUGCAUACGCCCAGAAGUGAAGGCGUUUUGACUGUCCGGGUACUCAUCACCACUUCGACCGCGAGGCAACGCGGCGCCAACGGUGGGUCUUACUGCAGGGACUCAAAUAGCAGAGCGCCUUCAAUUCUUCGUUUAUACUACAAAGAUGUCCCCUAGACACGAAUAGUUGCAUACAGGUGUUGGAUGCAUUUUUCUUGCAUAUUUUUGAUAUCGCGUUGCGCUGACCAUGAUUUGGACGUCUUUUUCCAAACGGAGUUAUGUGCAUUAAGACGUGAGCUUUGAGACCCUUUAAGAAUAUAUGCAUGACAGGGCUCACGUCAUAAUGCACAUAGUUCCGUUUGGCAGAAGUACGUCCAUUUGUAGAACAACAAUUCAUGUCUGAAAGAUGUCUUAUAGGGGUGCAAAAAUAAAAAAAUUGAAGGCACGCAGUCAUUUCAGAUCCUUCCGUUAGGGCACCACGCAAUGACACGAGCUUCUCAGUGAGGAAGCAAUAUGCUGUCAACUAAAUCUGCCAAUUUUGGUAUGCCUUUCUCCAAUAUUUUCUCCGGACUGUAAACCCGCACCCUAGAAGAAGUUCUUUUCCCGGAUAAAAAAUUUAUUUUUUAUAAUGUUUGAUUAUCACACCGAAAAAAGAAGGAUGCCGACUUAACAUUUUGCAUGUAAAAAAGUGUGCGCAACUCACAAAACGCUGAGCUAACCGCCGCCAUAGCAGUUAGCUUUACAUCUUGACAUUGCUGUAGUAGCUGCUGCGGCGGUUAACUCUGCGUUUUGUGGAUUGUUUCCUCACUUUUUUACAUCCAGAAUGCAAAGUCAGCAUCCUUUUUUUUGUGUGUAGUCGCUACCGAUGAACUUUCGUCCACAAUAUUUGUACUGUUUUUAAUAUUAUAAUACUCAUUCCUAAUCAAAUUUUCUGUUUUAAUAAAUGAUGUUAGUUGUAGCUUCUUUCAUUCCA